AUGAGAGGUAAAUCAAGAGAAAUUCGCAUAUAGGAUACAGAAGAUGAGAAGUCUCCUAACAAGCCUAGCAUAGUUCAAAAAAAGAAUUAUAGCUCAGUUGCACUUCAACAGUAAAUGAACUUUUUCAAUAAGCGAAAUCCUAGAGAAGGAGGAAUGUAGAUGAUGAAAAGAUUUUCUCAUGAAAGUGACGAUAAUACUCACAGCCCAAGUUUUCAAUUUGAUUCACAGAAAAUUGCUAUUUCCUUGGCUAAAAUUAAAAAUCUGCCUACUACUUCUAAAAGUACUCAGUUCCUUCCUGUGAUAGAACAAAAGAACUCAUCUUUUUAAAAGAAAAAGUAGAAAAUUAAGCACUAAGUAUAUAAAGAAGAAACAAAAAAUAAUUAAUACGAAAAUGGCAGACAACCUGUAAAGCAUGCUAGUGCUGAUUUGAGAAAAGCACUUCCUGAAAUAAGAAAUGCUUCAAGCAGCAGAAAAAAGUCUAGCUUUGCAUACAGAAAAGCUUCCUCACAAUUUACUGCACUAUAAAGUCUUGAAUAAACUGUAUUACUUAAUGUAAUCAGACCAGCAUGUUUAGAAGAUGAUCUAUUAAAUAAUAGCGGUUUUAGCGAUGAUGAAGAAGAUCAAUUAUCCUCUGAGAUGAAAAAAUAUUUGCAAAUUCCAAUGGAUAAAAGCUUAAAAGGUGAUAACUUUCUUGAUGGGCAUCACAUAUCGAACGAGCAUAGAUCAAGGAUGGUAGAUUGGAUGAUACAGGUAUUCAGAGUGUUGAAACUAAGCAGUCAAACUACAUUUAAUCUAGCAGUGACUAUAAUGGAUAGAUACUUCCAUGGAAUGAAGCUUCUUAAAAAAGUUCUAGAUAGACAAGAACUCCAUUUAGUCGGAUUGGUUUCAAUAUUUAUAAGUUCAAAAUACGAAGAUGUUAUACCUAUACAUAUGAGCUAAAUUCUGAGAGAUGCAGGUCAUUCAAAAUAUUAAAGAUCCGAUGUAAUAGAGAGAGAGAAAGAAAUCUUGCAUGUACUGAAAUUUAAUGUCUAAUUCAGAAAUCCCUAUGAAGAGGCAUGUAUCUUAUUAAAGAUGGUACUAAAUAACUUCCCAUUGCAUAAGUUAUAGAAAUAAGAUGAAAAGCUAAUGUUUGAGUAUCUAAUUAUGAUGUCCUAGCUUAUUCUACAUUCAGCUUAGUUAUGCUCAAAUGACAUUAUGGAUAUGGCAAAAACACUAGGAUUAAUGAGUUUAAAGUAUAUGAAGUCGUACUUUGAGCAUUUAAUUGAUACUAAUUAAACCUCAACUGGGUCAUAAUUAGGGGUAACUAUGAAUUCUACAUUGCGUUCUUCAAACCUUAAUAUCAGAGCAGAUUCACCAUAGAAAGGAAGCAAGAAGGACCCACACAGUAAAUUGAUUUUUGCAAAAAAAUUAGUAAGCUACUACAAGGCAUAAUAUUUCAUCGGUGAAGAUCGAACAAAGUUCAGACAAUUUGCAAUUGCUAUUAGGGAUGAGUUCAAGAAUUACUGUGAUAAAAUUUAUGGAUUGAAGAAUUUAGAGAAAUCAUAUCCUGAGUUUUUCACAGAUCAAGCUAUCUUUUUGAUUCUUAAAAAAUGA